AUGCAAAUCGGAUCACACACGGUGGAGCUCAUUACAGACGGCGCCAACCGAAUCUCGAGCAACUUCGUGCAGUUCGGCGCUGUGGCUCGUGAGCAAGUAUUCCAAAUCGACCCGUCUCGCGGCAUUCAAACCGAAACUACUGAAAGAAGAAUACGUAUCGUUGGCGAAAACUUCAUGGACUCGGCAAACUUAACGUGCACGUUCGGUGAGGUUGAAUCACCUGGGACGGAUUUCAUUUCGUCAUCUGAAAUCGAGUGCGUAGUUCCCUUUACCAGGCUGGGAAAGAAGCAUGUCCGUGUUUCCAACAAUGGUGUCGAUUUCGCGGAAUCAAAAAUGAUGUAUGAGGUGCUACCGAGAAUGUCGAUCGCUACUAUUUCACCUCGCCACGGAUCAUUUCUGGGUGGAACUGUUGUUACUCUGACUGGAGUCUUUGGCAAACAUGUGGGGAUCGAGUGUCUUUUUGGCGAAAGAAGCGUCGAUGCUCGCCUUGUUAAUAUGUCGAGUAUUGAGUGCACUGCACCUCCCGGAGCAAUGAAUGAGACUGUGUUGGUCGGUGCGCGCGUUUACAACACGCUUGCCCACGUCGAAGAAAAUGCUGACAUGUACUUUGUGUACGGAGAUGGCCCCAUUGUAACCGAUAUUUCACCUCCCGUUAUUUCGCGGUCUCUGAUACGGACAAAUGUGUCCGUGAUUGGAUCAGGAUUGAACGUAACGGAGUUGGUGGGCUGCCAAUUUUCACAGCAGCCUACUUCUCGUUUGUAUCGCAAUCAGGGCAGCGUAUGGUGCGAGUUUGAUGCUCAUGUAACUGGUGUAUACAACUUGACGUUUAUCUUAGAGAACAGCACUCUCAAAAGCAUCCCAACACACCAAAAGAUUCACGUCAUUCCAGCUAUUCAGCCCAUGGAUAUAUCCCCGUUACAGUUUGACGAGAGAGGUGGUGCAGGAGCUGUUAUAUCUGCGCUUAACAUCACUAGCACAUCAAGGUCUGUUCGAUGUCUGUUUGGGAACACUACGGUUACGGCGUUGGUCCUGUCAGAUUUAAAACUGCACUGCAUAACGCCACCCAUGCCUCCCGGUCAUGUAUCCCUCCGAUUGAGUCAAGAUGAUUUUUCUUGGUCUGAGCAAUCACUUGAUGUUGUAGUGUAUGCAACGCCAAUGCUGUUUGAAGCUUAUCCGAACCGUUCCGUUGCGAUUGGUGGUAAUACUAUCGUGGUGUCUGGAACAAACUUCAAGCCUUUCCAUAAUGCAAGCUGUCUGUUUGGAGAGACGAAAACUCUAGCUAUCAGCGUGAAUGAAUCAAUACUGAAGAUGGUCAAUGGACUGCAAUCGUUCAAGGAGUCAAUAUUACUGAAGACGCCAACUACGAGUGCCGCUUUGACGGCGUGCCCGGGUCGGGAAUGGUUCUAA